AUGGCGACCGAACGCACGUACAUCAUGAUCAAGCCGGAUGGCGUCCAACGCGGGUUGGUCGCGGAAAUCAUCGCGCGCUUCGCUCGCAAAGGGUUCACCUUGCGGGCGUUGAAGAUGCAAAACGUGAGCAAGGAACACGCGGAGAAGCACUACGCGGAUUUGAGCUCUAAACCGUUCUUCGGUGGGUUGGUUUCUUACAUGUGCUCCGGUCCGGUCGUCGCCAUGGUGUGGGAAGGCAAGGACGUCGUGAAGACGGGCCGAAAGAUUAUCGGCGCCACCAACCCGGCGGCGAGCGAACCGGGUACGAUUCGCGGCGAUUUCUGCAUCGAAGUCGGUCGUAACGUCAUCCACGGCUCCGAUGCCGUUGAAAGCGCGAACCACGAAAUCGCUCUUUGGUUCCCGGAGGGCGUGUGCGAGUACGAAUCUUGCGCCAAGGCGUGGAUCUACGAAUAA